AUGUGUGUUGCGAAGGCGGAGCCCGCCUUCCCUAGUGUACUCGCUUCGCUUCUCCGGCAUUUGACACGGAAACCAACCAUACGGCUUUGGAGAAUCAUACAAUUCCUUUGUCGGAGUCACCCUAAGAUGUCGUCGUAUAGCACUAAUAAGAAGACGCGCAGGAACCCUUUCACGUUAAUACCCCCAGACAUGGACAUGAACCCAUUUCGUCUCGUCUGGGAGGACCUGGGAUCUGUUUUGAGCCGUGGUAAAUUGUUGUUCUACAUUGUGAUCCCUCACAGGCCCUCCCGUUCAGGGACACUGGAUGAGCUAUAUCCAGAUUAUGCCAAUAUCCGUGACCUAGCCCUCCACGUCGUCCUACUUGUGUUUCAAGCUAUUGUCUUCCUCACUUUCGUUGUUUUCUUCUUCACAUUCUGGGUAUUUCCGGCUGUCCUUCCUGCCGCUGUUCUUCUUCUUGCCUGGGUGGUGACUGCGGCAAUUCUCCGAAUGCUCAAUGGUCCACCAAGCUCGCAAUGUUUGGUGGGUAUCCCCGAGAACGAUGUCUCCCCGGUCAACGAUGCGAGUGAGCUGUGGUUUUUCAUUAAUGGAAUCUGCACGGGACGAACUUGGCAUCAAUCAAAUCUCACUCUCCUAGCAAAUAUCUUCCGCAGGGAGAUAGUUGGCAUCCAUAAUCCAACGUAUGACCAGCUAAUCGCGUGGGUCCCUAGCAAAGGUCUAGUUCUAGAUUUAGUUGAAUGCCUCAUCCAACGCGACCUGGAUUAUAAGACACAGGACAUUCGCCAAGGACGAGCUCAGCUCCGUGCUGCGCUGCAGGCUCCGCAGACGAAAAAGGUGGUCCUGAUAGCCCACUCUCAAGGGGGCAUUGUGGCUGCGUCCAUAAUCGACUGGCUAUAUGGAGAGCUCACGAGUGAAGAGAUGGGCAAGCUAGAAAUUUACACUUUUGGCAAUGCAGCAAGGCAUUUUCGAAACCCAGCAGUCGGUGAAGCCCAGACGGAGGUGGUAAAGUACAUUGAGCACUAUGCGAACAGCGAGGAUUUUGUUGCCAACAUUGGAGUCCUACAGUUCACAUCAGAGGCAGCAAGGUAUUCCAGCAGUGAUUUGUUCGCGGGACAUGUGUUUAAAAGGGAUGGCACUGGCCAUCUAUUGAACAUGCAUUAUCUGGAUGCUAUGUUCAGUGAUCAGGAGCGGUUCAUGGAUACCGAGGUCGUUGUCCACGGGCACGAUCUCUCGGAUCAGACCCUUUUAAAGCCUAUUAAGGAACUCUCAAGGCUUAUUCAAUACAAAGAUGGGAAGUCCCCUUGUGUGGUUUAA